GUUUUCAGUGUACACAUCACCGCGCAAGAACUUCAAUAUGGCCGAAACAGCGGUAUCGGAACCUUUGGAGACAACAAAUAUUGCACCAGAAAACACCGAACUCUCGACUGAACAAUCAGAAACACCAUCAAAUCCACAAACUGCCCUCGCGCAGACCUCAUCUACAGAUCAAGAAAAUGCCCUUGUUCCCACGGGCGACGGCGAAGUCUCCCAAAAGAAGAAAAAGAUAAUAAGGCGAAAGAAGCGGCCAGCUAGACCGCAGGUUGAUCCAGCUAUGAUCAAAUCUGAACCGCCGCCACAGACUGGAACGAUAUUUAACAUUUGGUAUAAUAAAUGGUCUGGCGGUGAUCGCGAAGAUAAAUACUUGUCCAAAACUGCUGCGGCUGGACGAUGCAAUGUCGCGAAAGAUAGUGGCUAUACUCUCGCCGACAAGGUAGCGGGUUCAUAUUUUUGUCUUUUCUUCGCUAGGGGUAUUUGCCCCAAGGGCCAAGAAUGCGAAUAUCUCCAUCGCCUACCCACAAUCCACGACAUCUUCAACCCCAACGUCGACUGUUUCGGUCGCGACAAAUUCAGCGAUUACAGAGAUGAUAUGGGUGGUGUUGGAUCAUUUAUGCGACAAAACCGAACGCUCUACGUUGGCCGUAUUCACGUUAGCGAUGAUAUUGAAGAGAUUGUUGCUCGACACUUUCAAGAAUGGGGUCAGAUAGAACGGAUACGUGUUUUGACUGCGAGAGGUGUUGCUUUCGUAACUUAUUCAAAUGAGGCAAAUGCUCAAUUCGCAAAAGAAGCAAUGGCACAUCAAAGUCUGGAUCAUAAUGAAAUCCUAAACGUUCGCUGGGCAACAGUCGACCCGAACCCGCUAGCUCAGAAACGAGAAGCCCAUCGCCUUGAAGAACAAGCCGCAGAAGCUAUCCGGCGGGCACUCCCAGCCGACUUCGUCGCCGAACUCGAAGGCCGCGAUCCCGAAGCGAGAAAACGGAAGAAAAUCGAAGGCAGCUUUGGUCUGGAUGGGUAUGAACCAUCAGAUGAUAUAUGGUAUGCACGAACGAGGGAAAUCGAAAACGCAGGGGAAACUCCUCUUCAAUUAGAGUCUUCUGGACAACGUCAUCUUAUUGAGAAUGCACCCGAAUCUUCUCUGGACUUGGCAUCUACCAUUGGCGAUCAGCAACAACAAUCUGGUGGCAUAUUGUCUAGCUCGACUUUAGCUGCCCUCAAGGGUUUUGCGCCGGCAGCACAACCUACUGUAGCGAAUUCAGGAGGGCCUUUGGUGGCUUAUGGUAGUGAUGAUGAUAGCGAUUGAUUUAUUAACCUACAUGAAACGUUUUUGUAUAUUAAUAAGUACUUUAUGGGAAACUGAGUGGAGUUAAUUCAAUCAAAGGAGACGAGCGCUAAUCAUGCAAAUCAUCAUCAUCGCUUUUUCGUUUCGUUUCUUUCUUGUUCCUCUCCUUGUCACAACCAUAAAUUUGCGCAUUGCAAAUCUAGAAUACUCAUCCUGUCUAGGUCGAACGACCAAGGUCGUAAUAUAUGCACAUCCCAGUACGGAAAUUGUAUAUAAAAGCAUUAUUUGAUUCAUGCUCCUUACCUCCCCCUGGUACAUACUCAGAAGCAAGAUCUCGAAGAAGCUCAUGGACCUGCCCUAAGUACUUUCGUUCCGUUAGAGGCGCAUUCUGAAUGACAGCCCGCCAGCUAUCAGGAUCGCAUAGACGAGUGUCCCGAAUAGCAUCUAGUAGGUCAUCCCUUGUAUCAACAGCCGCAAUGGGUCCAUUAAGGGCUUUGUCGACAAGUUCGCGAGAACGUAGAAUAGCUGA